AUGCCUUCGCCACCUAAUGCGCGGCCCAUCAAGCCGGCGAAAGAGUCUCUCUCCAAACCUCCGCGGAAGAAACCAUCCAGUGCUCGUAUCUCGGCCGCCUGCGAAGCUUGCAAGAAACGAAAAACGAAAUGUACAGGCGGGCCGGCACCCUGCCAGCUGUGUGAAACCCUUGGUACCGAGUGUGUAAUCGACCUCUCGCUGGAUAUGAGACGCAGGGCUGCUUUUCAGCGCACCUUGGACGAGUCGAGGACUUAUCAGGAUGCCUUGAACAGCUUACUCGAUGGCAUCCGCGAGGGUCCCUCGCCCCGCCUCGAAGCAAUAUUCGAGCUCAUCCGCAGUGGCACGUCAAAUCAAGAAAUCACCAACAACCUACAUCAUUACGCGCACCGGAACGAAGACGAAGAUGGCGACGACAUCAUGUCGUCCCGCAUAGAAGGGUCUGAAUCCCUGGUGGAUGCCAGAAAAAGUCCCGCUGAUACCUCGAGUUUGGGAUCGCUCACUUCGGAAUCAGCAAAGGGCAAAUCACCCGACGGUUCCAUGUCAAUCGCUAGUUUACUGACCUCACUCAAGCAUGCAUCCCCUCUAGAAGGCGAGGCCAUUUUGCGUCAGUUUCUGGCACUGCGCUCCGACGAAAGGGUGGGCUUGUCCCUGGGCUCGGUAGAGGGAAAGAAUUCCUGGGAGGGAAUGGAUUCUGGCAUAAGCCCUCCCGGUGUUGAUGAACGUGCCGUGUGGCACCCAGUACUGCACUUACGAUCGCAAAGUGCUCGGUUGGACGAGCGCCCACAGUUGCCACCAGGCCCUCGACGAUUUUCCCAAGGAGGGUCCAAGAGAGAGCCAACCGAUACAGUCGGCUCAGAAUCGCCGUCACCACCGACUAGCUUAUCGAGACAGUCAUCCCAAUACCCCCGAAUCGCCACCGACAUGGCCAGCGCCAGCCCGCUGCCGCUGGCCGCCUCGCCUGCAACGCCCUACUUUGAGCUGGUCACGAAUUUUCCCACUGCGCACCCGAGAUUGAACGAAUGGGAUUUGUGUGUGGCGCAGGAAGAUCAAGUCACCAGGCUCAGGAUCCCUAGACACCUCGUCCUUCCACUGGUGGUCCCCGACGACUCGCCGAUGAGCCGCACCUACACAGACUAUGUGAACGGGGCGCGGCGCAUGCUUGAAAGUGGUGUCCUGGUGUCCGAUGUCCUGGGAACCACAGAUAAGGUGGCUGUCGAUUUGUUCUUCCGCCCCCGUCGAGCGACGGACAAAUUCGACUGUGCGUCGUGGGCAUGCGAAGUCUCGCGAAGUUUUGAUAACGACAUCUUUGUCCGUCUGGCUUCGGCCUAUUUGCUUACACACAUGAUGCGAUGGCUGCUGGUCCCUACGCUGGAACAUUACCAGAAACUCCCGGACAUGAUGAAACCGACACCGGCACAAUGCAUGGUCCCGCACAUCGGCGCGAUCGAAACAAUACCAUUACCCCCCGUCCGAGAUGCCGCAAUCCACAAACUGCGGGACUGGCUCACGCCUCUGAUCCAGGCGGAAUGGGGUGUUAACUGGCCUCACACUCUCGACUCGGCUGUUGAGCAGGACGCAUUGACGGGGGCCACCGUCUUAACCCAGAGGUUCAUCGACCAUGUGGUCAUUUACGAUCACUGGAGUGUUGGGUCUCGCUUCUUGAACAGCUUUCCCGAGGUGGCAGGCAGAAUCCGGAUCCACGAAUUGGGGUAA